UUCCUGGUAAAAAUAGCAAUACGAUGUUGGGCAACAGAACCGGUACGAACCGGAUUCCAGUUCGGAGCUCUCCAGCUGUCGACCGGAUUCUAUUAGGCCCGGCGCUCGGUGCUUCGAAGAAGGAACGGAGUCUGAUGAUGCUCAGUUGUGCUCUUCUUCGUUGCUCUCAGGGACGUUAACACAAACAUGUUGCGGUCACUGCUCAAGAAUUUGCCCACUCGAUCGACCCAUCAUCGCCUUCUCCUGUACAAUCCUCAAAGGGAGCUUCACAGCAGAAACAAGAAGGCCCAGGAGUUCAUAGCCAGAGGCUGGAGCGCUGUCAAGGAAGUCGACCGGGUCAUCGACCACGCUGAGCUCAACGAUCGCCGUCUCAUUCCCCUCCUCAGGACAGCAAAAGAGAACUUUGAAUUGGCUCUGGAAACUGACAAUUCGAACACCCAUGCAAGAUAUUGGCUGGCUAAACUCCAUCUGAAGUACCAUGUUCCCGGGAAGUGUCUUGCAGUAGGUGCUGCCUUGUUGGUAGAAGCUGCUGAUAUGGGUGAUGCCAAUGCUCAAUAUGAAUUGGGUUGCCGCCUGAGAGUUGAGCAUGAUGAUUUAACAGAUGAUCAAAAAGCUUUCUAUUAUCUCGGAAAAGCCGCUGAUCAGCUGCAACCCAAUGCCCUAUACCUGCUUGGAGCUGUAUAUUUGGCUGGGGACUGCGUGAAGCAAGAUCUUGCAUCAGCAAUGUGGUACUUCCAUCGAGCCUCAGAGAAGGGGCAUGCAGGUGCUGCAAUAGCAUAUGGAGCUCUCCUUCUAAGAGGCGUUCAAGUCCCAGAAUAUCUUACAAAAUUUAACCGGAAGGGCGGAUCUGCUGCUCGGAGAGCAAGGCAGGGUGGGGACACCCCAAUUGUAGACCCGGUGGAAACGGCAAGAAAGCAAUUUGAGAUAGCGGCAAAAGCAGGAUGCGACAUUGGGUUUAAGUGGUUGGAUAGACUCGAAGAGGAAGAGAAGCAGCUGCUUUCUAGCACAGAAAGCUGAUGCUGCUUAGAAUUGUGUUAGUCCACUUGACUACUGUAAGGAGUCCGGGCUGGUUUUUGUUUGCGUAGUUCAUUGAUCGACUCUUAUGUUCUGUAUAUUCUUGCAUUUCACCGGUUCGAAAAAAGGGUGGAAACUAUGAUGAUACCGUCAUGAGCUGAACUGAACAUGCAUGCUACUCUGAGCGCAUUGUUGCUCUGAUCUGAAUGAGGAUCAUGCAUUCUCAUUAAUUCUGUAGAUCCUCCAUGGAAGAGAGGAUCCAUCAUUAAUAAGUCCUUAUCGAUCCAACAGAAAGAAUGAUCUUCUUAUGAUA